AUGACGACUGCUGCGACUUCUCACGAAUUGCAGGAUCUGAACAACGCGCUCUCCCGCUCGGAGAUUGGCGUUCACGAUGAGCACAAUUCGCCAGACCAAACGCUUCCUCCAGUCGACGGCGGUAUCCAAGCCUGGCGCGUCCUGUUGGCCGCAUUCAUGUUCGAAGCCAUCCUUUGGGGAUUUCCUCUUUCCUUUGGCAUCUUCCAAGAGUAUUACUCCAGCUUGCCAGAAUUCGAAGGCAGUCCGUAUAUCACCUACAUUGGAAGUAUAGCUACUGGUAUCGUCUACAUGGGCGCACCGUUGAUGGCACCUCUGGUGAAGAGGUUCCCGAUGUAUCAGAGACACAUGGUCGUUGCUGGUUGGAUCAUCUGUCUCGCAGGUAUGGUAGCAGGCAGUUUUGCAGACACCAUAGGAGCUUUAAUUGUUACGCAGGGUGUAAUGUACGGUGUUGGUUACCUUGUCAUCUUCUACCCUGUCGUUAGCAUGGUGAACCAAUGGUGGGUCGCUCGUAGAGGCCUAGCAUGGGGCAUCCUACUCGGCUCAUCCGGUGCUUCUGGGGUGGCAUAUCCAUUCAUCAUCGAAGCUCUGCUACAAAAGUACGGAUACAAGACGACGCUACGAGCCAUGGCGAUUGCGACGAUCGUCAUGACCGGUCCUCUACUUCCAUCAAUGAAGGGACGACUGCCCGCUUCCCACCGCAGCAGUCUUGCAAAGACGGACUGGAGCUUCAUCAGGAAACCUAUCUUCUGGUUGUAUAUCUUCUCUACGAUGUCACAGAGCUUGGGCUUUUAUCUACCAAGCUUGUAUCUGCCUUCUUACGUUGCGACGGCCGGUAUGCAAUCCAAGUUCGGCGCCACGCUGAUCGCGCUCAUGAAUGUGUCCUCGGUCUUAGGACAAUUCACGUAUGGCCACCUUUCUGACGCACGCUUUUCGCUUAACAACCUCUUGCUAUCAACCAUGCUGGUGUUGACUAUCGUUGCUCUAGCACUCUGGGGUUUGGCCACGUCGUUGGCUACACUGGUUGUCUUUGCAUUGAUCUAUGGUUUCUUUGCAUAUGCCUUUCUCGCUAUGAGAGUGAGAAUGGGUACGGCUGUAGCUUCUGAGCAGACUGAUACCAUGACCAUGUUCUGUCUUUUCUCUUUCGCGCAGGGCAUUGGUAAUGUCCUGGCUGGUCCCAUUAGUGGAGCACUCUUGAGCCCGGACAUUGACAUGCACGGGUAUGGACUGGGAAAGUACAAGGCUUUGGUUAUAUUCACCGGCUGCGCCAUGUUUGCGAACGCCGGAUUUUCUGCUCUAGCUUAUCUGGUGCCGAUGAAGCGUAACACUAGGUGA